UAAUUGCAGAACAAGCUCCUCCCCAUCCCCACGGCUUGCCGGCGUUUUGACACCGGAAGUAAUAGUCAGAACUUCCGGGUGGAAAUACAAACUAUGCAGCGCCGCGGUUGUUGUCCACUUUAACGUGCGUGUGAGCAUCAUGUUGACUCCGCAGAAGGACGGGACGCCCGGCAUGAUUGACAGGGCGCUGAGGAUGAGGAGGGAGGAGCAGGCUCGGCAGAUCAUCCUUGCCUGGGCUGUCCUCAACGUUUCUUUAGCCGGCAUGAUUUACACAGAAAUGUCAGGGAAGCUGCUGAGCCGGUAUUACAACAUCACAUACUGGCCCAUCUGGUACAUCGAACUGGUUCUCGCCUCUCUCUUUAGUCUCAACGCUCUCUUUGACUUCUGGAAAUAUUUCAAAUACACAAUGGCUCCAUCCACGAUUGCUGUAACCCCUGAGCAACGUCACCUUCUGGGUUUAAGGAACACAAGUGUCCAGGCCUCUUCUCCMCAAAAACCAGAAAAGAAGGAGACCCCGGCUCCAGCCCAGUCGUCUCCUCUGCAGGGCCAGAGCGUGCUGAGCUUCAGCCCCUCUCGGCCAGUCUCCAGCAGCCCCAAGUUCUCCCCCAGCUGCGCGUCCAGUUACAGCCCCACCCUCAGCGGUUCAUCCCCUCAGAGCGGCGCCGGGGGGCCUUACUCCCCCUCGGUGCCUUUUGGAAAGGUGCUGAACUACAGCCAGUCUUCAGGAUCUUCUCCGUAUCCGAACAGCAUCGGACCGGCAGAAGGUUCUAGCUUGAGGUCUCGGUACCGCACGUCUCCCUCUGUGUUCAGCUCGCCCGGGAGCAAAGAGGACUACAUGGAGGACCUGAAGAGUCUGGAGCGGUUCCUGCGCUCCGAGGAGGAGAGGAGUCACCGCAGCCAGUUGGGAAGUCCAGAGUCUGUGUCUCCCAACCACAGUCCAACGUUUUGGAACUACAACCGUUCGGUUGGAGAUUACGCUCAGAGUUUGAGGAAGUUCGUCUACCAGCCGGCGUGUCGCUCCCAGGCGCCGUCUGCCCACAAGGAUGAGACGGACUUGGGCUCCAAACAAGCAGCCGAAGAGGUGUGGGCCAGGAUCACAACCAGCCGUGUGGUAAUGGACCGGAUCGACAGCUGGACAGCUAAGCUGAGAAAUUGGAUCAGCGACACCAUCCUGGUCCCGCUGGUCAAAGAAAUCGAUUCUGUCAACAGUCAGCUGAGGAGGAUGGGAUGUCCCGAGCUGCAGAUCGGAGACGUCACCAAGGAGAACCUGUUCUGCAUCCACCAGAGCAGCACGACCCCCCCUCACUACCAGCUCGUCUACCAGGGACACAUCUACAGUCUGCCGAAGGGCAGGAACAACCUGUUCCACACAAUCCUCAUGUUUCUCUACAUCAUUAAGACCAAAGAGUCCGGGAUGCUCGGGAGGGUAAAUCUGGGCCUCUCUGGUGUGAACAUAUUGUGGAUAUUUGAAGACUGAUGUUUUAUUUUUUUAUUUUAUUUUCCUCAGUGUUGUAAAGCUCAACUUUGAGGCCAUGUUGGACAUUUUCCUCAUUGUUUUUUGUACAAACUGGCAACAUUUUCAUUAACAUUUUAGUCACAGUUCUUUCAAAAAUACAAACCAUAAAAAGGUUUUUUUUAUAUAUUUGUUUUGCUUUUUGACUUUGUAAUUCAAGAAUGUACCAGCAUGUCAGCCUAUCUGAUGCCUCAGAUUUGUCUACUUAAUAGCGAAGGGCUCCGACCCAUGAAUCUGAAUGUAAAUAAAGUUUCAUCUCAGACAUGUUUUUUAAUAAGAGGUUGGGAAAAAAAGCUGAUAUUAAAAAGGAAACAACUUUAACCUCUUGGUGGCAGCAGAGCUCGUUUUUAUGCUUUGACCUUUAAUGAUGUACCCAUUUUGUCAGGAUGUGCCUCCACAGAUGCUCUGUUUUGUAAUAUAUCAUUUUACACUGUA